AUGGAAGAAGCAGAGGUCCUUCCUCGAAUUCUAUCACCAUGCACCAGUGGAAGAAGAGUAAGCGUCGAUGCAAACUCGCCGGAGUUCGAGUUCUGGAUGGUCGGAAACCCUUCUUUUCCUCAGCCUAAUCUCCUCUCCGCCGACGUGCUCUUCUCCGGCGGUUUCCUCCUACCCCUCCAUCUCCUCCAACUCCAACAACCCUCUAGUAUUCACGACCCUCCACCGCCGGCGCCGGAAAUGGGACCAUCGUCAACCGUUGACUGCACGUUGACUCCGUCGAAACGGUGGAGGUAUAUUUUCAAGAAGAGUGAUAAAUUAAAAGGGUUGGAGUACUCAGAUGAUCAUCCAAUUACUAAAGAGAAGAAGCGAGAUCAUCAGAAGAAGAACGGCGGCGGUAGCGGUGGCGGCGGCGCGAGUAAUCUGGUGAGUGCGGCGGCGGAGCUCAACAUAAACAUAUGGCCUUUCUCGAGGAGCAGAUCCGCCGGGAACGGCGGAACUCGGCCGCGGCCUGCGGCCGCGGUGGCGGCUGCUCGGAAAGUGUGCAGCGCGCCGUGCUCCCGGAGCAACUCCACCGGCGAGUCCAAGUUCAGGAAGUGGCCGCCUAAUAGCCCUAGCAGAGCAGGUGUUCACCUGGGAAGGAGCAGCCCUGUUUGGAAGGUCCGCCGCGGCAGCGGCGGCGCUGCCGGAGGUGGUAAUGAGGGUCGCCGGAAACCACCGGCACCGAAGGCUAGAGUACUGAGUUUGAACGUUCCCAUGUGUAUUGGCUACCGCCACCAUUUGAGCUGUACAAGCGAUGAGAAUAGCGCAGUAAGUGUCGCCGCCGCCGGCGGCGGAGGUGAAAGUGAGAUCGGGGGCAUCGUCUCCGGUGAAGGGGUACGUAGAAGUAAUUUAUUUAACAUAAAGAGCCUAUUUACCAAGAAGGUCUAUUAA